AUGGGUGCAAGCCCGACAUCGCGAGCAAGCCGCCACUCUCUCAACCUACCCCGAGACAGAUAUGGCGGACAACGAGCGGAGGUCGCGGCGCUUGUUGCGGACAACGUCUCGGGCAUGUGCAAGGCUGGCUACGCUGGCGAUGACGCUCCGCGCGCCGUCUUCCCCUCCAUCAUUGGCCGGCCGCGUCAGCCGGGCGAGGGGGUGGGUUGGGAGCGCGUUGGUCUUGCGGGUCGACCUAGAGCACGCUGA